UUGGAGAAGAGUGGCGUUUGAGUUGUCAAAGAAGUGAACUCUUUGUGUUGUUUCUGGUGAUUAUUUUGGCUUACAUUAACGAAAACAAAUUGCAAGAAAAUGUUUUCGAAAAAUCUGUGAUUUUUAGACAAUGAUAGCAGGAACAAAAAGCACAAAGGCUCUGUGCACAUUAUUAAUAAACAGUUUUCUCAAACCAAAAAAACUAGUGCAUUCAUCAAUCAAUAUUGUCAGGAGAAUACAAAGUCCAAACUUACUUGUAACAUAUAUUCGCUGGCUAAACUUUAGGGUCAAUCCAAGGUCUCCGCUACUUAUUACAGCCUUUACAUUAUUUGGAGUUGGCGCGUCGAAAAACACUGAAAUGGCUUCGAAUCUUACUUUAGCCGAUCUUUUGCAGAACGCAGACCAGCUGUUUGAUGAAAGUAAAUAUCAAGAGACUCUUGAUGUGCUCAAUAACUUUGAAGAUCAGUCAUCCGCUGACAUCAAAUGGCGUUUAGGUAGGGCUAUGUACAAACUAUCCAAAGUCGAAACCAAACGCAAAGAUGAGCUCAUACGUAAAGGUUUUGCAUUGGUCGAUGAGGCCCUUAAAAUAAAUGAUCAGGAUUUCGCAAUCCACAAAUGGUUUGCCAUUCUGCUCGAUGCAAAUAGCGAAUUGGAUGGAAUCAAAGCCAGAGUUUCACAAUUGGAAACGGUCAAAAAACAUAUGAUCAAAGCUGUUGAACUGAAUCCAGAAGAUCCGACUAGUUGGCACUUACUGGGUAAUUUCGCAUUCGGCUUAGCAGAUAUGCCUUGGUAUCAGCGAAAAGUUGUUUCGGCUAUUUUUGCCACACCACCGUCUGGAACGUACGAAGAAGCAUUGGAGCACUUCUUAAAGGCUGAAGAGAAGAAACCAAAUUUCUAUUCCAUGAAUUUACUGCUAAUUGCUAAGUGCUACCAACACCUGAAAAAUAACGAAAAGGCAAAAGAGUAUUUCACUUUGGCUGCUAAUGUUAUCGUAGCGAACGAGGACGAUAAGAAAUGCAAGGAGGAGGCAACCAAUUUACUAAAGAAAUUCUGAGGUCGAUUGCCGUUAUAGUUUACUGCGGCACAUUUUUGGGUCGUAACCGGCAGCUGAAUACGAAUUUAUGGAAUGAGAAUUUACGCUAGGAGUCUGCCAUUCUUUUUGCUACAAUUGUUUUUAUAAAAAUGUGUAUUUGGAUUAAUUAGUCAAUAAAAGUUGCAAAGCAUUGUUUACAAAC